CGCGCCGACGCUCCCCACAAAACCGCACGCCUAUCCGUCUCCCGGCCCCCGCGAUCGCAAAUAUGGACGGCGAAAAGUACAGCCCAAGCUUGAUUCGCCUCUGGAGGGUCUGGCGCACCGCAAAGGAGAUGAUGAACGACCGGGGCUACAUGGUGGUGGAGGAUGAUAUGACAAUGUCGCUUGAUGAGUUCUCGCGGCGCUAUGCGCGCGAAGACGGAGAGCCUGACCGCUCGCGCCUCAACUUUUCCUGCCAACCCUCUGAAGAAAUGCUCGCAAAGUACACGGAUGCCCCGACAAAGAAGAACCCCAACCCCCUCCCCAGCAUCGGCACCAUCUGGGUCGAGUUCAACGCCGACGAGAACGUUGGUAUGAAGCAACUGCGCGAGUACAUGGCACAUCUUGUCAACGGCUCCUUCCACUCCGGAAUCAUGGUCACCGUAAAGCCCAUGACGGGCAUGGCUAUUCGGCUGCUCCGCGGUGCCACGAGCAUCACCGACGGACCAAAGGGUGGCGUAGAGGUCUUUGUCGAGCAGGAUCUGUUGGUCAACAUUACAAAGCACGAGCUGGUACCCAAGCACGUGCUGCUGAGCGACGAAGAGAAGCAACAGCUGCUACAGCGAUACCGAUUGAAGCAGACACAAUUGCCCAGAAUCCAAUCCACGGACCCGGUCGCAAAGUACCUGGGCUUGAGGAGAGGCGCUGUUGUCAAGAUUAUCCGAAAAUCUGAGACAGCAGGUCGAUAUGCCAGUUACCGAUGGGUCAUAUAGAAAGAAAAAGGGUCAUGAAGGCGCGAGCAAUCGACACGAGGUGCUGCAUUCGGCGAGGCGUUUGGCGAAACAGACUGGGUUUGCUUUUUUAUCUCUCUCUUCCCACAUCAUCUGCGAAAGACGAAAAGUCCAAUGAAAGUAAUUCUCUUUCCGCAACUCCUACGCGUGUGUCAUGGAGGAAAAUCCAAAGGAAAAAAAAACUAAUUUUACACUUUAAGCACUUGUCAUACCUCAUCCGCACGUCAUCGCACCAAGCAUCCGCAUCCGUCCAUCCAUCCAUUCCAUCACACCGCUUGCGUGUGCAUACACCCCUUCCAAUCCC